GAUUUAGCGUCAGCUCGAUCUUGCAAACCCAAAACUCUAAGUGGCCACAAAUCUGCUGUCAGCGCCUGCGUCGUCGUUGUCGCCGCCGCCGCGAUGAUCACCGGGCGCGAUAUCUACGACGUGCUGGCGGCGGUCGUGCCGCUGUACGUGGCGAUGUUCCUGGCGUACGGGUCCGUGCGGUGGUGGGGCAUCUUCACGCCCGACCAGUGCUCCGGGAUCAACCGCUUCGUCGCCGUCUUCGCCGUGCCGCUGCUCUCCUUCCACUUCAUCUCCACCAACAACCCCUACGCCAUGAACUACCGCUUCCUCGCCGCCGACUCGCUCCAGAAGCUAGUCAUCCUCGCCGCGCUCGCCGUCUGGCACAACGUCCUAUCCCGCUACCGGGGGGCCGCGGGGGCCGCCUCCCUCGACUGGACCAUCACGCUUUUCUCCCUCUCCACGCUGCCCAACACGCUCGUCAUGGGCAUCCCGCUGCUCCGGGCCAUGUACGGCGAUUUUUCCGGGUCGCUCAUGGUGCAGAUCGUCGUGCUGCAGAGCGUCAUCUGGUACACGCUCAUGCUCUUCCUCUUCGAGUACCGCGGCGCCAAGGCGCUCAUCUCCGAGCAGUUCCCGCCGGACGUCGGCGCCAGCAUCGCCUCCUUCAGGGUCGACUCCGACGUCGUCUCGCUCAACGGACGCGAGGCGCUGCAGGCGGACGCGGAGGUCGGCCACGACGGGCGCGUCCACGUCGUCAUCCGUCGCUCCGCGUCCGCGUCCACCACGGGGCACGGGGCCGCGCGCUCGGGCGUGUCGUUGCACCGGCCGUACGGCGCGUCAUCGGCGAUGACCCCGCGCGCGUCCAACCUGACGGGGGUGGAGAUCUACUCCCUACAGACGUCGCGGGAGCCCACGCCGCGCGGGUCCAGCUUCAACCAGUCAGACUUCUACGCCAUGUUCUCCGGGAGCAAGAUGGCCAGCCCGUUGGCGCAGCCCGGCGCCGGCGCCCGUGCGCAGGGGCUUGACGAGCAGGUGGCCAACAAGUUCGCCUCCGGGAAGGGCGGCGACGCGACGGCGUACCCCGCGCCGAACCCCGGGAUGAUGCCACCGCCACGGAAGAAGGAGCUCGGGGGUUCGAACUCCAACUCCACCAAGGAGCUGCACAUGUUCGUGUGGAGCUCCAGCGCGUCGCCCGUGUCGGAGGCCAACCUCCGCAACGCCGUCAACCAUGCUGCCUCCACCGACUUCGCAGCCGCGCCGCCGCCGGCCGCGCAAGUCGACGGCGCCACUCCAAAGGGUGUAAGCGGCACCGUCACUCCGGUCAAGAAGCAAGACGCGGCGGCCAACGCCGAUCUGGAGAUCGAGGACGGCCUGAAGAGCCCGGCGACGGGCCUGCCCGCCAAGUUCCCCGUGUCGGGCUCGCCUUACGUGGCGCCGCGCAAGAAGGGCGCCGACUUGCCGGGGCUGGCCGAGGCCGCGCACCCGAUGCCGCCGGCGAGCGUGAUGACGCGCCUCAUCCUCAUCAUGGUGUGGAGGAAGCUCAUCAGGAACCCCAACACCUACUCCAGCCUCAUCGGCCUCGUCUGGUCCCUCGUCUCGUUCAGGUGGAACAUCCAAAUGCCCUCAAUUAUAAAGGGAUCCAUAUCUAUACUCUCCGAUGCGGGGCUGGGAAUGGCUAUGUUCAGCUUAGGUCUGUUCAUGGCUCUGCAACCAAAGAUCAUCUCUUGUGGCAAGAGGGUGGCGACAUUCGCGAUGGCGGUUAGGUUCUUGACGGGUCCAGCGGUGAUCGCCGCUACCUCCAUUGCCAUUGGGCUCCGGGGAGUGCUCCUGCACGUUGCCAUUGUUCAGGCAGCACUUCCACAAGGCAUCGUUCCCUUUGUGUUUGCCAAGGAGUACAACUGCCACCCUCAAAUACUUAGCACAGCGGUUAUUUUUGGGAUGCUCAUCGCUCUUCCGAUCACAAUACUCUACUAUGUUCUUCUUGGGAUAUAAAUUUUCUGAAGGCAGGAAAAGGGUAGGGAGAAGUAGGAUUCUAGCGAUGAACGCAAAGAGAAACAAAUUGGCUAUCUUGAAGACCUCAAGAGAUCAUGAGAGCAGCGAGCGGAGGAAUAGGGGAAACUAAGUAGGACCCUAGAGAGAAAUGCAGAGGAAAAACAUCCUUGAUUCCAAUUUUUUUAUUUUUUUGUUGGCUACUGUUUUAGAUCCAAAGUAAAGGUUAGGGCUUUAAGUAUGAAGUAUUCAACCGUUAAUUUGCCAAGUUGGUAGCACUAAAGAUUCCACUAGUUGUUUCCUUUGUUCAGACUUCAGCGACACAUGAUCUGCACAAUUUUGUUUGAUCUUACACACACACUGGGAUAAAAGUAACACAAGCGGUUCCCAUAUUGCUUGGCAAGAUCAGACCAAUCCACCCUGACGGCUUUGGGGAGCUUGCUUCGAGUCAGUCCCUGUCUGCACAGAUCUUUUCAGAUACUUGUAACUCUGAAGCUGCAUCUGCCAUGGAUGCUUAGCUAUCUAGUUACAGCAUUGUUAAUUUAUUGGUGUGUAAAGGCGUUGUGCAGCUUGCAUUGAUGAGUCCAAAGCUAUACAUGGAUGCAUGCAUGCACGCGCUAGCUUCUAGG